AUGAUGCUGCUGUCGGAGCUGCUUCCGAUACUGUCACAGUCGCUACCGGCGGAGGUUUGUUGGACAGAUGAGUAUUCUGAGGAGCUGUGCUGCGAUCGGAGAUAUGGACCGGAAGGGAAUGCGGCCUGUUGGGCCGGAGAACUCACCUUCGAGGGCUGCUGCGGAGAGACUGCAAGAGCUCUUCCAGAGGCCGGCGAUCUUCCGUUCGAGAAGGUUAAGACACAGGAUCUGCAUCCGCAGAUAGGCAUCGGUCUGUUCAUGACCUACGAGCCGGGGAAGGACUGCUGGACAGGAAUGGGUGGGCUUGCCAGCCACGCAAUGUGUUGUGAUCUCUCUCUGUCCGAAUACGGCAUGGGAUCUUGCUGGGAUGGCUGGCGCUACACCUUUGACCGCUGCUGCUUCCUGGGCGAGGCUCCGGCAUUCCGGCCUCCAGCGAAGCCGCUGCUACGGCCGCCCAAGGAACCCGCGGCGCCGAAAGCCGGCAGGGGCGCCGCUCGGCCUUCAGGUGUGGAAUGCUGGCAGAGCGACUUCACUUUCGCAUACUGCUGUAUGCAAGGGGCUGCAGCCUGCUGGGACGACCAGUUUACCCGAGCCGCCUGCUGUGAUGGAAUCGCCGAUCCAGUGGAGGCUUGGAAGGUGGCAGAUGCAUCGGAUCCUCAGGUCAUUUGUCUCCUGAACACGAGGAAUGUGGCUUUGGAUCUGGAACAGACUCCGAAGCAUUGUCCGAAAGAGCGCUUCUUUCUUCUGGCGUCGUUGGGCCCUCCAGUGAUCGAAGAGGACUGGACAGGGACACCCUGGUUCCGGAAACCGUGGAGUGUGGAGGGUCUGAAGCGGGAGUCGAUACAUCGUCUCCAGCCAUUGCGACCCAGCAGGACUUCCUUUGUUGGCGGUCUUUGUGUGCCAGAGCCAUGCUCUUUGGAGACGACGGCCGCUUACCUUGCCCCGCGCGUUGUGCCUUGGUGGCGGGCUCCUCGACCGGAGCCGCAGCUGCUGAACGAGACACACUUUUUGCUGCCACCUCCGCUAGCUGCCCGACACAAAGUCUAUCGGUCGCAGCGGCUCAGCUCCGCUUGGACAGCUUGGGUCGCACCACGGCCCACGGAUGCUGAUGUCUUCGCUGAGAAGCUGCACGGCUGGGAGUUUGCAAUCCUCGAGCACGGCAAGUACAUCGGCGGGAGCGUCUCUGGGCUCAUCACCGUGACACUGAUGAUUCUUGCAGCGGCUGCUACUGGUCUUUUAGUCCCCAGGGAAGCAUCCGAGUUUCCACCCUGCCUCGCGCCGCAGUUUCAUCUGCUGCGACUCGGCCUAGCCCGAGGGCCGCGGGACCUGGACGUUGUGAGGCUUUGGCUCACGGCCGUUGUGAUCUUCAUCCACGUCGUCGACCAUGGGCCCUGGCUUCCCGUCACCCAGCGCACGAGCGGAGCCUGGCUCUGGCUCCUGCGCAGUGGACUGAACCGCGUGAAUGUGGCCUUCGUGGUGCUCCUGGUCCACCUCAGCAUCAGCCGCAGGUCCUUGAAACAGGCGAUCACCCUUUGGGGCUGGGUCAGAGGCCUCUUGUACCACAUCUUGAAGAGAUGGCUUGUGAUUUCACCAGUGGUCUCAUUCUGGAGCUUCGUUUUCGUUCACGCGCCCUUCACAGAUGUUCCCAUGAACAACAUUUUGAAGUCUCAUGCGCUGUUUCACCACUACAGCGCGAAGCGAGAUGAGUGUGAGCAUCCACUGCAUUUGCUGUCGAGCUCGUUCUUGGUGCAUGGGCCGCUGAUGGGCAGGGCUUCGCCUUGCAUGAAUACCGACAUCUUCGAGAGUUUGUUCCAGGUCGACGUUGUGGCGUUCGGCUUGCUCUCUGCAAUGGGCCGUUUCCGCGCUGCCACCUUGGCGCACUUGCUGUGGGUGCUGGUUGCAAGUGGUUGCAGCAAGCAGGCGAGCACAACACCAACUCGCUGCUUUCUUCGGCUCGCUGGAGCGGCUGAGGCCUCCUUCAACGGGGCCCGCAGCACUUGCGACCCUGGCCAUCUCUUCCUGGUCCCGCGGCAGCAAAGGUUGUCGCCACAGGCCACGAAUUCCCAGCCGGGCUGCCACUGCGUUGGAGCAACUUGCCUCCAGGACGCGCUUACUACCGGAGGAGAAUUCGAGUUUCCCUUGCCUAGCCUUGAGGGUAUGGCAAACUUCCUCAAGGCGCUGCAUCCAAUAGGACAGGAGCAAUAUGUGAUUUUCUGCCAUUUUUACGAGCUGGUGUUUGUGCUCGGAAUGGUGAUCCACUUGAAGCUGGGCUGGCAAGCGCUUCCUCAACGCCAGGAGGGCUCCUGGUCCUUGCUGCGCUUCCUCUCGCGACUUAGCCCCGGGCUCUGCCUGUCGAACCUCUUUGUUCUGCACUUCGCUGGUGCGUAUGUUCUCGAUGAGCCCGUGGAGCUGUCAGUAUAUGUGUGCUGCGCAUACCUGCUGAUGACGUUCGUGCUGUCGCUGUUCGUGCCGUUGAUGCAUACAAUGGUCUGA